GUUCAAACAGAGUGGGGUGACUGCCAGAGAGGCUGGAGACUAUUUAAGGAGGUUCCUCAAUAGCAGUUGGUUAAGGAGCCACUCAAGGAAUGAAUUCAGAGGUCUGCCAUGCGAGUGAGGAAGAACCCAAAAGGCUGCAGCAUACCUUAGAACAAGUUAGUGAUGACAAAUAUUUACUUGAAAGCCAUCAGAUUGCUAUGGAUGUGGAGAAUAAUAUCGAAAAAUAUCCUAUCAACUUGCAGCCCCUGGAAUCAAAAGUGAAAAUUAUUCAGCGAGCAUGGCGCAAAUAUCUGCAGCAUCAGGAUUUGCUGCACCAGGACCACCUGGAGAAGCGCAGUCCAUCACCACCUUCCUUGUCAUCUGACAAAAUGAGCAGUUCGAUCAGCAUGAACACUUUUUCCGAUGGCAGCACUCCUCAUUUGCAACCAAAUCACUGAAGACUUGUGCCAAUAGGUGACUCUGAGAGUGGAACAAAAGAAGCAGAAC